AUGAGUCGGCCAGUCCAGAGGGAUAUGACACCCGCAAUGGGAUUACGAGAUCCGCUCAGGAAGUUAUUGCUGGAUAUGAAAUUGGAUAAACCAUUCGGAAUACGGGAAGCGGUCAGUAAAAGCCAGAGCUCACCGCAGGGAACUAGGCGACAAAGAAAACGGCAAAGGCCUCGCACUCAUUCACUCAUUCUUGGAGUUGGAGAUUCUGAGAAUCGGAAAAUCAUAGGGCAAGAGUUAAAGAUUCAGUGUCCAAGAGCCAAAGUCAGAGUGGUUAAGAAUAGGAGUGUAAAAGAGCUGGUAAGUAAAGGCCUAACCAAAGAGCCAGAAGACCAAAGAGCCAGAAGACCAAAGAGCCCGCGACUCAAAGAGCCAAAAAACAAAGAGCCAGAAGACCCAAGAGCCAAAAAACAAAGAGCCAAAAAACAAAGAGCCAGAAGACCCAAGAGCCAAAAAACAAAGAGCCAGAAGACCAAAGAGCCAAAAAAACAAAGAGCCAGAAGACCAAAGAGCCAAAAACUCAGAGAGCCAGAAAUUCAGAGAGCCAGAAGACCAAAGAGCCAGAAGACCAAAGAGCCCGCGACUCAAAGAGCCCAAGCGUCUGAGCGAGAGCGGGAGAGCGAGCGGGCCAUCACACCCUCCUCCUGA